AUGGGAAUGCCCACCACAGAGAUGGGGCUUAAAAUACAGUAUGAAAGAUCUUCUCAAGGCUUGAUUACUCGUAGGGAAGCAAAAAUUAGCAUUAGAGAUCACAAAUCUCUAAAUUUUUCUGAGGACGAUAUGUUGAUGAGAGGAGAUUUUGAUAUGAAUUCUAUGCAAAGAGACACUCGCUCACUCAAAGAAGUCUACAAGCAGACCAUUCUAAAUCAUGAAGUUGUUUUCAGGAAGCAGGUUUAUGAACUCCACCGCUUGUAUGGGGUACAGAAGUCCCUAAUGAGGGACUGUUGUUGGGACGAGUUCAAUGCAUACAAUUUCAGAACAGCACCCAUGCCCAUCCUGGGUCCUUUUACAAAUCAGAUAAGUUAUGCACCACCAGCAACAGAGGAAACAUUUUCCGAAAUUCCCAUGAUAGGUUCAACACAGUCUCGAAACAACGAUUGUGAAGAAGAACCCAGAGUUAUCUUCCCUAGACUUCAGCAGAGGCCAAUGGACCUUCAACUUUCUGCCAGUUACUCUGUUAGAGGAAAUAAUUGGGGCUCUCUGAGGAAUUCUGCAGAACUAAAGCAUUACUUAGCUGGUGAUAAUGCAUCUUCUCCAGAGGAGGUGAAGCUUUCCCUAAGCAUUGGUGGGGACAGUAAGAAAAAGAAUGAUGGCAGGACAACAUGGACUGACAAGAUUAAUUAUUUGUCCUCGCAGCACAUAAUUGAUUUAGAGGAAUCAACAGAAACAUCUUCAGACGAGGAUGCCAUACCUGUGUCUACUCUUGACUGUGCUGGUCCGCCCACUUAUUCUGGAGAUAGGCAUGAGUCACAGGUUUCUGUAAAAUCUAGUCCAAGCUUCACAAAUUGCAUGAAUGAUCCAUCUCAUGGGAUUACAAUUCCUCAUUCUUUUGUAGACACAAGUAAAGGCUGUCAGGAGCAAACCUUCACCAAUCAAGGAUUUAACGAAUCUGUUGGUCAUAUACCAUGUAAUGAUAUGUCUGCCAAGGGCGAAGUGUUUGUUUCUUAUGAAACAGCACGUUGGGACCUCAACAGCAUCCAGCCUAUUGAAUUGUACUCGAAUGACCCCGUCAUGGCCUGUCCUUCAACCGGUAGCUCAUCAUGUGAUGCUGAUGAAUUAACUGGAAAAUUUCAUGAUGUUAAAGGAUCAAGUGGUGACAACUCUAGCAAAACUUCUACUUUGCUUCAACAAAAUGUUGCCUUGAUGGAGUGCAACAGCAAAAACAGUAAUUUGAAUAUUUGGGCAACCAAUACCACACAUGAGGCUCUUAUAGGAAACAAAGCAUCCCCUAUAGAGCUUGAGAACAUGUCUGGGCCCACAUCUGACCUUAGUGAAGACCCUGGUAACCGCAGUGCUUUCUCCAAAAACGAAAAUCUAGACUUGCCAUUAAAUUUUCAGCAUGGAAAUGCUAUAGCUGUAGCCAUGCCAGGGGUAAACUGUGGGAAUGAGAACAGGAACGAAAGUUUGUUUUUGCAUCAAUGUAGAAGUCAAAAUACAGGUGAAGAUUCACUUAGUAGCCAAUCUCCUGGCUCAUGCAAGCUCAAUAUCAUUCAUGAUGAGAAUUCAAGUAGCAUGAAGGCCACACAGUCUGGAAUUGAUUUGGGAGAAAAUAGUUUUCCUUUAAAUAUGUCAAGUUCUGAGUCUUCUCAAGUCGUAGAAACUCCAUGUAAUGAGGGCGAACACCAAUGCUGGGACAAGAAAGGAGAAUCAGCAGAAGUGGAUGUUUUGAUCCAGAAGGCAGCCUUAUCACUUAUUUGUAUGUCCUUGGAUAGUUCAACGACUAAUGAAGAUUGCAUUACCAAGACAGGAUCAAAUGAGGUUGAAAAUGAGGAGAGGGACCAGCCACAGAAUUCUUUGGAUUCCUAUGAAUCCCUUGUGCUGAAGCUGGGGGAAAGCAGUGUGGAUGACUGUUGUGUUUCAUCAAAGGCAUUAGAAUUUAACGAAAUGGAUAAAAAUGACUGUGGUAUUAAGUUGAGAAGGGGGAGGAGGCUAAAAGACUUUCAGAGAGACAUACUACCUGUUCUGUCGUCUCUAUCUAGACAUGAAAUCUGUGAAGAUAUAAAUAUUUUUGAGGGAGUUAUGAGGUCAAGAGAAUACAAGAAACUCAGAUCCAGGAUAGCCAAUGGAGCAAACUGGUUCACACCUGUGAAAAGCAAGAGGUCGAGACUCAAUUAUGUUGGCCGGAAAUAUUAUUCAUGAGAGGAUCAUUGAAAAUGAUUAAAAAAAUUAGAGAGAUAAAGGUGGAUGAAGAAGAGUAGCUGAGUUAGACUUACUGGAAUGCGCCUCCAGACAAGGGAUUGCUAUUGUGUCCGGACAGAGUUGGCAGAAUGAGAAGAUGGACGUGCUUUGAAGAAUGGGAUCAUACUGCCAAGUGCGUCCGAACGGUUGAUACUAUGCGUUUAGGCGCGUGUUUCUGAAAGAUGGGAUUUUGGAGGAAAAAGUAGAAUGUGAUCAAACUUCUUGGACUAGGAAAAUAUAAAUAGGUGAAUCAUUAUGAUGUAAACGGACGACUUUUUAAAUAUUUUUGUUCUAUUUUUGGUUGAAGCUUAGGAUAUCUGGCUAGACUUUUUGACUAGGGCUAAAGUAGAACUUUUCGAUGAAGUACGGU